AUGGAGUUCAGCGUCUCAUCCACACACGACACGGCUCUUUGCCUCAUUCCACCAAGGGAACAGUGGCCAUCAAUUGACCGUCUUCGUUUCCAAAAUGACAAGGCCUACGCAAAAUGGCCACCUCACGUCAACCUCGUUUACCCAUUCACGAGGUCUGCAGAUUCGGAGUCUCUGCAUCAAGCUUCCGAUGCCAUUGUCAACUCCCUCAAGGCUCUUCAGGAGACUGGUGACCUCGCUAGCAUACCCCUUUCCCUCGACUCACCAGACUAUUUUGAAAAUAAGCACGGCAGCACUCUGUUUCUGUGUGACAAGGACGAAAAGAGGACUCGUCGCCUUGCUUAUUUACGCACCACGGUUCUCACGGCUAUCGGCCAGACGCGUCUUGCUCCAUACCACAUGCACAUGACGAUUGCUCAGUGCGAGGAUACGGCAGGACCAUCUAAACUCAAUUUCCUCCUUGGGAAGCUACGACGCCUACAACCGGUCAGUUGGGAGGUCACCCAACUGGCCGUUCUAGUUCGUCUUUCUUCCGGUCAAAUGAGCCUCUGGGGUCUCAUUGACCUUGUUUCGCCUUCGCUUAGUCAAUGCGAUGAUUCGUUUGGAUUAUCUCCUAAGUUGGCCUCUGCCGUUAUCCCUCAGCAAUCAUGGAGAUUCUCCAGCCGGGAGUUGGGGUGGCGGCCGGCCUCUUCAAACACAUAUUCACAUCACCCAGAGAUCAAGGCAGUGGAGAACCUCAUCGUCGCCAGCUGGAACGUUUUGGCAGAGUUCGAAUGGCCCCCAUCUCGUAGCAGAUACCCCGUCAUCAUUGACAACCUACUCGCACGAAAUGCCGUUGCAGACAUCUUGGUACUCCAAGAAGUGACGGACGACUUCUUACCAUUCUUACUCAAUGACGACAGAAUUCGCAAAUUGUACCCCAAUGCCUCCCACGGGUCUCCUGACGACCCCAAUGCCGGUCCAUUACCCAGCAUACUCAAUCAUGUGGUCCUCAGCAAGCACCCAUUUUCAUGGGAGUAUCUUCCCUUCCUACGCCCGCACAAGGGAUCAUGCGUAAUCAGCUUCGGUGAUCUGGCACACAGCGAAGGAGAGGAACCUACUUCUCCUUUAGUACUGGCAACUUGUCACCUGAGCCAUGGUCUGACAGACGGCGCUGUGGUUACAAAGGAAAGAGAACUCCAGGUAUUACUAAGUCACCUCAAGUCCAAAUACGCUUCGCAUCAAUGGAUCAUCGCGGGUGAUUUCAAUAUCACAACAUCUUCCUACACUAUCGACGCCGCCGUCAAAAAGGGGGCCAUCACGGUCCAGACAGAGAAUGUCCUCCGAAGCAUCGAAACAACUUUGGCAAAGGCCGAACUCCUCGACGUAUGGAUGGUCUCGCGCAUCGAGGCCGGCGUGAGUGAUAACUUCAAAGGGGACCUCAACCAGAUGUUCGAGGGCGAGCAAGGAGCAACUUUUGAUCCUACUGCAAACCCCCACGCCAGCAAGAUGGUUGGUACCGGAUUGGGUAACCGACCCCAACGGUACGACCGCAUUUUGGUCAAGGGUACCUGCUCUUUCCAAAUAUCUCGCUUCAACAUGUUCGGCUUCGUCACUGGCGACGGCGAGACCGGACAAGAGCCCCUGUACCCGAGUGAUCACUGGGGUGUUCGAUGUCUAUUGCAGCGCUCUCACGCAAAGGAUGCCGCCAGCGAUGCGCGGGCGAUUCCUAUCAAUAUUAAGAGAGCGCCAGACGGUUUGUCAGAUACCACAGAACUUACUAAGUGCCUGGAGAAUCUUGAGGUGUUUCCCUCGGCGGAAGAUGAGACAGCUCGGAAUGAGGCUGUUCAAUUGCUUCGUCAAAUUUUAAUCGAGUCCGACCAGCCACUCGUGGACAACAAACGAGGCCGUCCGACAAUUGUGCUCGUCCCCGUAGGAUCCUAUGGUUUAGGCACGUGGUCCAGGAACUCCGAUAUCGACUGCUUCUUCAUCGGAUCCAUCAGUCCCCGUGUCUUCUUCACUCUGACCAGGCAAAGACUGAAAAAAGCAGGUAUCCCUGGUAUUCGGCUUCUAAGGAAAGUCAAAGCCAAGACCGGCACAAUGCUCGAGGUGGAGGUUCUCGGCGUGAGAUGCGAUCUCCAGUAUUGCCAGGCACCCAACAUCGCGGACGAGUGGCCUGACGUUCUGAAGCGUCCCGCGUCAGAUCCAGCCUUCAGCUUGUCUGCCCAGACACUGCUGAAGCUGAAGCCCGCGAGAGAUCUAUUCUAUCUCCAGCGAUCCGUUCCAGACUUGGCCCAGUUUCGGUUGAGCCACCAAGCUAUCAAGACUUGGGCCAAGGCGCGCGGAAUCUACGCUGCCAAGUUUGGGUAUCUUGGGGGCAUCCACUUGACCGUCAUGUUGGUUAAUGUCUGCAAGGUGCUUGUACACAAUGGCGGCACCGUUUCUGCUGCUGAUAUCAUUACGACCUUCUUCGAGCAUUAUGCGCGGUUUGACUGGCUAAAGGACAUGGUAUUCGAUCCAUUCUUCCACAAGAACCUUAGAUAUCAUCGAACAAGCAGAGAAGCCCUGGUCUUGCUCGGGUGGCACUCGCCAACGCUUAAUACGGCACUCAACGCCUCCGUCCCGACCGUCAAGAUUAUCUCAACAGAACUCCGCCAAGCUAACAAGUUGCUAUCUGCUGACGGAGCAACCUGGGAAUCGUUGCUACCGGUGCUAGAGCCCGGCCGAGAUAACGUCAUGACGCCUAGCGCCGCGAACUUUCUCACGUCGUUCCGGUCCUUUGUGGACUUGCGUGUACAUUACUGGGGAGCAUCUCUAGAGCGUGGCAGUAGGCUCAUUGGCUGGCUGGAGUCUCGAUGUGCCUCUCUCCUUGUCGAUAUCAACAGAAGAGUCCCGCAGCUUUCGGCGAGAAUUUGGCCCGCGAGAUUUGUCGACGCAUCUACGUGCGAUCCCCAAAACAACCAAGGCGAUUAUCAAGGCUCUUACCUCGUCGGUCUGGAAUGGAUGGAACCGGACGAGAAGCCAGGACGGGGCGACCUGGAAGUUGCACAAAGCAAUCUUAGGGCUGUUUUGCAGCAGUUCGAGAAGAUGAUUCUGAGUGACGAGAAGUACUUCGAUUCCACUACAUCAUGGUUCUGCGCGAGCAUUGUAAAGACGAAUGAGCUAGGAAAUUUGCGAUUGGAUGAUCGCGAAUGGGGUGUGUACAUCGACGGCGAUGACGAUUCGGAUACAGAAGACGAGGAUGACACCGAGGACGAGAAUGAGGAAGAAUUGGCCGCGCAAGAGAGGCUCGCCGCCGGAAAGCUGAGCAAGAAGGCAAAAGCAGCGAAACAGCGCUCAGUAACAGCCAAUCCGAAGCCCGAGGGGAUAGGCAAGUUUCGCACGGCGCUUGAUGUGCUGAACCGACUGCGAUGGGAUCCCGAUAUUGACAGCAAUGACUACGUCAUCGGGUACGAGGACAGAUUCCUGGGACCACAGGAGAAGGCACUGUCGGCCUGGAAGAGCGAACAGACGCACGAGGAGUUCAUCCCUCAGCAUCGAAUCUUGUGGUUCAAGCGCGGCAGCGACGGGGUGAUUGUGUGGCACAGGUCAGAGCGCAUCGAUUUGCUCUUCAAAAAGGCUUGA